CUGAUGCCAGGUUGGACAGAAAGCCAUGAGAGUGUAGAGUGAAGGAAAAAGGGACCUAGGCCAGGAGCUCUGUUGACGUUCAGCUUCCGAGGCUGCUGUGGCCAUGGGGCUCCUGGAGUCAGCAAGGGAGACGGAGCCUGGUGGUUCUGAUCUCCCCCGGGGGGCGCGGGAGGUCCAGCCAUGCCGCUCUUGAAGGACGCCAUGCCCCUCAUCAAGGAGACCCAUCCGCCGCCUCAGGCCCCGCUUCCGUGGAUCCUGCCGAGCCUGUUUGCCGCCUUCAAUGUCGUGCUGCUGGUGGUUUUCAGUGGCCUCUUCUUCGCAUUCCCUUGCAGAUGGCUGGCCCAGAACGGGGAGUGGGCCUUUCCCCUCGUCACAGGCCUCCUCUGUGUCCUCACCAUCUUCAGUCUGGUUUCACUCAAUUUCUCAGACCCCGGCAUCUUGCAUCAAGGCUCCAACGAACAGGGCCCCAUGGUGGUGCAUGUGGUGUGGGUGAACCACAGGGCCUUCCGCCUGCAGUGGUGCCGAAAGUGCUGCUUCCACCGGCCACCCCGGACCUACCACUGUCCCUGGUGCAAUAUCUGUGUAGAAGACUUUGACCACCAUUGCAAAUGGGUCAAUAACUGCAUUGGUCACCGCAACUUCCGCUUCUUCAUGCUGCUGGUCCUGUCCUUAUGCCUCUACUCGGGUGCCAUGCUGGUGACCUGCCUGAUCUUCCUGGUGCGCACGACCCACCUGCCCUUCUCCAUGGACAAAGCCAUCGCCAUUCUGGUGGCUGUACCCGCCGCCAGCUUCCUGGUGCCACUCUUCCUGCUGCUCCUGAUCCAGGCCAUGUCGGUGAGCGCGGCCGAGCGCUCCUACGAGGGGAAGUGCCGAUACCUGCAGGGAUACAACCCCUUCGACCAUGGCUGUGCCAACAACUGGUACUUAACAAUUUGUGCACCGCUGGGACCCAAGUACAUGGCCAAAGCUGUCUGGCUACAGAGAAUGGUGGGGUCUGACUGGGUGCCCAUGCAGAACCUUCACUUCCCAAUGUGCCCCUCGGUGCUCAGUCCCCCAGCCGUCCCAGGGCCUGGGCCUGGCCCCCAACCCCAACCUCUGAGUCUCUACAAACCAGGGAAUGGUCCCCCAGGGAGUGGUGAGGCUGCAGCCCUCCAGGAGCUCCACGCAGGCCCAGUGCUGCCCCUGCUGCGGGACUGCCCCAGACGAGGCGCUGUCUGCCGCUCGCCCCUUCACACCCAGCGAUGUCAGGAGCCCCUGCACCUGAACCUCAUCUCCUGAGCCUCGCGUGGAGGCCUGUCUGUGCUCUGCCCUUGCCCACUCCCCUGGUGGGAGUGUUGAGACCCCCACCAAAGCCCAUUAAAUACCUGUUGCCU